AUGGUGACAGAGAAAACAGCUGACCAGUUGCAACAACCAGCAUGGUCAAGCUCCCAGGUCCAAGAUGAUGACGAAGUGCUGGAACACGACCCCAAGACCGACAACCGUGCUACCUCGAAAUCAAUAAGGCAGAAGGUCACCGACGUUAUCUUCUAUGUACCGCCAUGGUGCCGGUAUGAUCCCUCACAGCCUCCGAGGUUUUCCAUCUGGUAUAAUGUGCUCUUCGCCUUCGCUGGUGCGUUCACGGUGGGAAAUCUGUACUACAACCAUCCCAUCCUGAACAUUCUCGCGGAAGACUUCAAUGUCCCUUACGUCAAGGUGUCGAGAAUCCCGACAUUGAUGCAAGCAGGCUAUGCGACCGGACUGCUAUUUGUCUGCCCACUCGGGGAUCUGUUGAAGCGGAGGCCUUUGACAUUAGGGCUGAUCGCCUUCACAGCGACGCUAUGGAUAGGUCUGUGCCUGACCCAUUCUUUUGAGGUGUUCUGUGUCAUCAGCUACAUCACAGCGAUCACGACCGUAAUCCCACAGGUAAUGCUCCCCCUCGUCACCGAACUGGCGCCACCAAACCGCCGCGCACUGGCGAUCUCCAUCACAACCUCGGGGAAUCUCCUCGGGCUAGUUUCUGCACGCCUCCUGUCUGGUGUUGUAACGAACUUCACCUCCUGGCGUAACGUCUACUGGAUCGCACUUGGCCUGCAAUACUCGAUCCUGAUUGUCCUAUGGCUCUUUAUGCCAGACUACCCAUCCUCGAACCCGGAAGGGCUGAACUACUUCAAGAUGAUUGGCGGAAUCAUGCUUCUGUACCCAAAGCACGCCGUGCUCGUCCAAGCUGGCCUCGUCAGCUACUGCAUUUCUGCCUGCUUCACGUCAUACUGGACCACACUGACAUUCCUCCUCGCCGACCCGCCGUACGGCUACUCACCCAUCACCAUCGGCCUCUUCGCCCUGAUCGGCAUUGCUGGCAUCGUCAUGGGGCCCGUUUAUGCCAAAUACCUGAUCCAGCCCUUUGCACCAGCCUUCUCGUGCAUCGCAGGCUGCGUGGUCCUCGGCAUCGGCGUCACCCUCGGCACCUACUCCGGAACACACACAGUUGUCGGGCCCAUCAUCCAGGCAUUCGCGCUCGACGCAAGCUUCCAGAUCACGCAGACCGCCAACCGCGCGGCGAUACACCCGAUCGAACCUCGCGGCCGCAACCGCGUUAACACCGCGUUCAUGCUGUUCACAUUUAUGGGCCAAAUGACCGGCACCGCUGCAGGUGCAGAGCUGUAUGAGCGAGGCGGCUGGAUCGCAAGCGGCAGCCUUAGUGUUGGCUUUGUCGCCCUGGCACUGGUAACUGCCAUCACGAGAGGACCAUACGAGCAAGGCUGGAUCGGCUGGGGUGGCGGCUGGGAUCUAAGGAAGCAGAAUCUCGCUGAGGCCACGGGUGGGGCUGGCACGGUGGCGAUGCUGGACGUUGCACCUGGUCCGGUCGCGAUUGAGGACGGUGAUCGUGAUGGAAAUGGUGUGCACACCGUGGAUGUGGACAUGGAGAAACAGGGCGAUGGGCCGAAGCACGAGGUCAAAUGA